CUGAUCCCACCGUCUCUGUCUCAGUGGAAACAAAAAUCGUUUUUGUUUUUUUUUGGUUUUGUUUUGUUUGUUUGUUUGUUUAAGUAACACAUGUUCAGGACUGGGUCUAGUAACGUCAGUACCGUGGAGCUUUUGUGACGUGUGCCGUGGCGGGACGCGCUUAGCUGCUUCUGUGAGUCUGGCCCUCGAACCGCAACACGAAAAACAACUACGUGAACUGGAAUAACAUUAUGGAUGCUUCCCAGUAUCCUGGCUACCCUUCACACUACUGGUAUCCUCAGAUCCAUUCCACUGGGCAUUAUGCAGGUACCUAUCCGUCGGGUUCAAAUGUUCAGUCAUCCUACAAUCCACAGGUGAUGCCUGGAGGAUAUCUAAAUGGCCAUGGUGUCUACAGUCCAGCACAAAGUCAGUAUUCGACAAGUAAUUUUCACCCAUCCAACCCUUUCUACUGCGCUGACCCUCAGAGAGGAGCUCCAGGUCCUUAUCCAAGCCAGUGCUGUCCAGCAGAGCAGAGUAGUGGGCCAACUAGGCAGCCGCACUCUCAGCACCAAAAUCAUCAUUAUCCUGCUCCACACUGUCAAGGGAGCCCUGGAUAUCCUCCUAGACCAUAUCCUCACUACACUGAAGGUGGCCAUGGAAUUCCUCCAAACUCCCCUUACCCCAGUGGAGAGCCCCUCCAUCCUAGUCCUCAGACUAACACUUGGGCACACCCUGGUGGUUAUGCACCUGCACAGCAGCAGUGGCAGUCAGGCCAGCAGCCUUCACAAAAUCACUAUGGACAUCCUGUGCGGCCACAGCACCCUCCAGCAUGGCCAGGGACAGGAAGUGGUGCUCCACCACCUUACCAGCCCAAGGACCAACAGCAUCAACAUGCCCCACAGGUGGGUCCUCAACCCAGGCCAUCCCCGUCCCCCAGUCCCUCCACUGGAAAGCCUGCUGAAAUAAGUUUUCCUCCACAUAUGUACAACAAAACAGUACAUGGUAGCCAGGUAGAACCUACUCCUUCAGAAGGAGAGCCCCUGCCAUCAGCCCAGACCCAAGCUUCAGGUCCAGUCAAGACCCAAGGCCAUGCUGGUCCUCAGGCCUUGAGUGAUAACCCCGGCCUGGCCAAGGUCCAGCAAGUCUUGUCCGUAGUGCUGCUUCUUCAGGAAGAUGUUGAUGAGUUUGUGGGCAAAAAAACCGACAAAAGUUAUCGGUAUCUGGAGGAACUGCUGACCAAAGAGCUACUGGAGCUGGACUCUGUGGAGACUCGGGGACAGGAGAAUGUCCGGCAAGCCCGGAAGGAAGCUGUACAAAGGAUCCAGGCCAUUCUGGACCAACUUGAGAAAAAAGCCUUUUGAGCUGGACUUACUUGGUUUGUGGGUCACUUAGGCUACAUUUACACUACAGGUCUUGAUGCACAAUUUAGAUUUUCUGCCUUUUUUGAGAAGGGUGGGGGCAGUGUAUUUACAUUAUCUUUUUUUAAAGUACCCCAUAUCUGAUACCUGCAUUUAUGUGGUUUUGAGCUGAAAUUCCUCAAAUGCAAAGGUGAGGAUUUGUGCAUUUCCAAGUAAGAUGUAAACAAAAUAUACCAAGUGCUUUUGCAAGGUAUUUCUUUUCAACAGUCCACAAAGACCUCAUGAUGACAUCAGGUGGAGAAGAGUUAGUCCACCUGUCGACACUUGGUUGUGUGCACCAACAAUUGCUACUACCUCCGUUCACAAGGACUCAGGAUGAGCCGGAAUGACAGAGAAAUUCCGUGUAUUUUUUUGACCACAGUUGCACCUGCAGAUAUCUGAUUUAUUUCCACUGAUGCAUGUUGCCCAACUUCAGUUUGUCAGUAUCUGUGAGUGUUAGCAAUUCCAUAUUUGCAAUACAUAUGACAUAACCACAUGAGCAAAACGUCA